CGCAUGCGGCUCCCUUCUGUCCUCGUCCUGCGCGCGCCCUCUUCCUCCUCCUCCUUUUUCCUCCCCGGGGAGGCACUGCAGGCGGCGGUCUUCCUGCCCUGCUCCUUCCUAGAGCGGCAACGGCAGCCGGCUCGCUCCGCUGCCAUUCCGACGCAUGCGCACGCGAGGGUGAGAGGUCAGCAAGAUGGCGGCGGCCUCCUCCGGGGAUGAGGCGCCGGACAACGAGGACUAUUACUCGCUCCUGAACGUGCGGCGGGAGGCCUCUCAGGAAGAGCUGAAAGCCGCCUACCGUAGACUGUGUAUGUUGUACCAUCCCGACAAGCACAGGGACCCAGAGCUCAAGAGGCAGGCCGAACAGCUCUUCAACCUUCUUCAUCAGGCUUAUGAAGUGCUCAGUGACCCACAGACGAGAGCCAUCUAUGACAUAUAUGGAAAGAGAGGUCUCGAAAUGGAAGGAUGGGAGGUGGUGGAAAGGAGGAGGACACCUGCUGAGAUCCGGGAGGAAUUCGAACGUUUGCAGAGAGAGAGGGAGGAGAGGAGGCUUCAGCAACGGACUAACCCCAAGGGGACAAUUAGCGUUGGAAUAGACGCCACUGACCUCUUUGAUCGGUAUGAUGAGGAGUAUGAAGAUGUGCCCGGGAGCACCUUUCCCCACAUCGAAAUUAACAAAAUGCACAUAUCCCAGUCCAUUGAGGCUCCUCUGACGGCCACAGAUACAGCUAUCCUUUCAGGAAACCUUUCAACGCAGAACGGGAAUGGAGGUGGCUCAGUUAACUUGGCUCUUAGGCGGGUGACAUCUGCCAAAGGCUGGGGAGAGCUAGAGUUUGGAGCUGGAGAUCUCCAGGGGCCUUUGUUUGGUCUGAAGGUGUUUCGGAAUCUCACACAAAGAUGCUUCGUCACGACAAACUGUGCGUUGCAGUUCUCCUCCCGCGGGAUCCGCCCAGGCCUCACGACCGUCCUGGCGCGAAACCUGGACAAGAAUACUAUGGGGUACUUACAGUGGCGAUGGGGCAUUCAGUCAGCGAUGAAUACAAGUAUUGUCCGGGAUACCAAAACCAGCCAUUUUACGAUGGCGUUCCAGCUGGGCAUCCCUCACUCCUUCAUGAUGGUCAGCUACCAGCACAAGUUUCAGGACGAGGAUCAGACGCGGUUGAAAGGAUCUCUCAAGGUCGGUUUCUUUGGGACCAUUGUGGAAUACGGUGCAGAGCGGAAGAUCUCCAGGCACAGUAUCCUCGGAGCCACUGUCAGUGUGGGCGUACCCCAGGGAGUCUCUCUGAAAAUCAAGCUGAACAGAGCCAGCCAGACCUACUUCUUUCCUAUCCACUUGACGGACCAGCUGCUGCCCAGCGCAGUCUUCUAUGCCACAGCCGGGCCCCUAGUCAUCUACUUCGCCAUGCACAGGCUCAUCAUCAGGCCCUACCUCAGGGCCCAGAAGGAGAAAGAGCUGGAGAAGCAACGGGAGAGCUCAGCCAGCGACACUGAGCAGAAGAAGCAGGAGGCAGAAGCCGCAGUGCGGUUGAUGCAGGAGUCUGUCCGUAGAAUAAUUGAUGCUGAAGAAGCCAGGAUGGGCCUGAUUGUGGUGAACGCCUGGUAUGGGAAGUUUGUCAAUGACCAGAGCAGGAGGAACGAGAAGGUGAAGGUCAUCGAUGUGACGGUGCCGUUGCAGUGCCUAGUGAAGGAUUCCAAGCUCAUCCUCACAGAAGCAUCCAAGGCUGGCCUGCCCGGGUUCUACGACCCUUGUGUUGGGGAAGAGAAGAGUCUGAAAGUGCUCUACCAGUUCCGAGGAGUCCUGCAUCAAGUUAUGUCAGCCGACAACGAGGCCCUUCGGAUACCAAAGCAAUCUCACCGGAUUGACAUGGACAGCUAAUCUGUUGGGGAAGAGGACAGGUGCUGAGUUCUGUGCUGAGGGGUCAACAGAAAUUGCACCAUCUCUCCUCUCUGGGUUUCAUACGUCUUCAGACCGGUGGAGAUGCUACAUAUUUUAUGAUCUGCAUAGAAAGUGGUUUUACACUAAUUACAUUGUGGGACAAAAUGAGAGGAAGCUGCUGUGACAAGAGAGUGAUACCCAGACCCUGCCACCAACUGGGGAUUGUGGCUGGGCCAGCGCAGCUGAAGGCACCAGUAUUUCCUGCCUGCCCAUACCCAUGUGAGGGGGUGGGUUGCAGACUAGAGUUCCCCCUGUUGCUGAAACCACUGUCCUCUUCAGCACGGGGAUCUUUGACGGGCAAUGGGAGUGAGAUGGUGAUCUUAUUCUGGCUACUUCUGGUGAAGGAUUGAGCGGUCACAUUUGCAACCUCCUUGGCGCAGUCCCUGUAGCCGCUUGGCAAUGCAGAGUGUGGCGCUCACGUUGGUUCCCAAAUCAAAAUGCAGUUCGGCAACUCAUCUGUAAGCAUUUCUUUUAACCUGCUUAACUCUUCCUGCCCAUACUGUUUCCAGAAGCUGAUACAAUAAGGCACCAAGAA